GAAAUGAUCGCGACUGUUUCCUUUUCCUCUGAACCAGGCGGAGGCUGACGUGUUGGUCCGGCGGCAGCAGUGUUGGAGGCCGCCGCGGGACGAUGGAGUCCGAAAUAUUAAAGAUCAUCUGCGCCAACCAGGGGUCGGUGGGCCACCAGGACCUGAUCUACAACCUGUGCCCCGGAGACCCGUCCCGGGUGUCCGAGCUCAUCGGGAGCGGGGACAGGCUCGUCCUGUGCACCGUGAACGGAGAGCAGCGGGUGGUGGCGAGGAGCAGGCUGUUCCUGUGCCGGGCUAAGGACUGCCCGGGGGGCUGCAGGGGGCUCCACCUGUGCAGGGGCUUCCUCCUCAGCGAGUCGUGUCCCUUCAACCGGCAGAGGAGACAGUGCAGCUUCUCCCACGACCUGAGCUCUGACCACAACCAGAGGAUGCUGCGGGAUCACGGGCUGCAGGGCCUGAGCCGGGCGGAGCUGUGCACGCUGCAGCUGCAGAGCGACCACACCCUGCUGCCUCAGGUGUGUCACGACUACAACAACGGCAGCGGCCCGUUCGGCGUCUGUCAGGACGGCGACGGCUGCAAGCGGCUGCACGUCUGCGAGAGGUUCAUCAGCAGCCAGUGCGCCGGCGCCGGCUGCCCCAAGAGCCACGACUUCAGCGACCCGCAGCCUCUCGGGGUCCUGCACGAGAGGGGCGUGCCCGACUCCCUGCUCCGCCCCCUGAAGUCCGCCUACGCCAAUAAGGCGGCGCUGUGGUCGGCGGAUAAGCUCGCCGGCAGAGUCGGCCACAAAUUCAAGCAGCCUGGUGAUGGAGGGAGAGGAAGAGGAAGAGGAGGAAGAGGAGGCAGAGGAGGCAGAGGAGGCCGCCUGCCUCUGAGCCGAGCUUCCUCCGUCAGCGACAUCCUCGCCAGCACCGACCUCCUCGACCUGAGCGACGUCGUCGACAACAGCGACGCCAGAAGCGACAGCGGCCAUUCGAACCGCGGGACCAGAGGCUCGGCCGGCGCCAGGGGACGCGGCGGCGGCGGCAGAGGAAACUCAAAGUUCAGCGGCGGCCUUCCGGACGACGGUGCGGCCGUUGACGCCGGAGCCAACAGACGACCCAGACAGAGACCGGUCAGAGACAAAACCGAGAUUUGCAUGUAUUUCAUUAAAGGACACUGUAAACAUGAAGAUCGCUGCUUCAAAGCUCACGACAAGAUGCCGUACAGAUGGCAGGUGAACGAGGGCGACCGCUGGACGGCGCUGCCCGACAACGAGACCAUCGAGAAGGACUACUGCGACCCCCACAACUCCUACAGGUACCCGGCACCACCGCCCCCCCCGGUGCACUUUGACACCAUGACCCGGGGCGGCGGCAGGGUGCGCCGCCUGUCCACCGUCAACGCCGCGCUGGAGCCCACCUUCGUCCACACCACCGAGUGGCUCUGGUACUGGCAGGACGAGGACGGGACGUGGAACCUGUACGCCGCAGACGGCGCGGGACACAGACGGGCCGACGUGGACAGCGCCACGCUGGAGCGGAAGUUCCUGGACAACAACAGCGACGAGGUGGAGUUCACCGCCGGCUCGCAGUCCUACUCGCUCAGCUUCCAGGACAUGCUGCAGAAGAACAAGCGCUACGGCACGGUGAGGGUGGUCUGCCGCCGGCCUCGCUUCGUCUCCGCCGAGGAGGUCAGAUCGAGGAAGGCGAGGAGGAACCCGCUGAGCGCCGCCGCCGCCGUGCCCGAGCACUGGGACCGGACCCAGGUCCCCCAGACCGGAUUCACGAGAGUCCCGCUGCAGCCCACCUCCCCGGAGUUCAAGGAGGUCAAAGCUCUGUUCUCUAAGACCAUGACAGGCUUCGUCGUCAAGGCGGAGCGGAUCCAGAACAAAGCUCUGUGGGACGUCUUCCAGCUGAAGAAGACUCAGAUGAAGGACAGCAACAGCGGACGAGACGUGAUGGAAAUGAAGCUCUUCCACGGCACCGACUCCAAGUACGUGGACGCCAUCUGCCUCAACAACUUCGACUGGAGGAUCUGCGGAACCCACGGCACGGUGUACGGCAAAGGGAGCUACUUCGCGCGGGACGCCAAGUACUCGCACCACUACACCAGCGGCUGCAACAUGAUGUUCCUGUCGCGGGUGCUGGUGGGCGACUACACCCGCGGCUCGUCCAGCUACCUGCGGCCGCCCUCCCGGGACGACGGGGACGUCAACUUCUACGACAGCUGCGUGGACGACGUCUUCAACCCGUCCAUAUUCGUGGUGUUUGAGAAGCACCAGAUCUACCCGGAGUACCUGCUGCAGUACAGGAAGGCGGACCUGCUGGACGACCUGGCGGCGGACGUUUCAGCACCGCUGCUCAAACCAACAGCCGCACCCAAACCUACUGUCGCACCCACACCAACAUUCACACUCAAACCUACAGUCGCACCCAAGCUAGCCGCCCCACGCCCAACAGUCACAACCCAAAACCUGGGGCUCGCGAAGGCCAGACCGCCCCCCGUGCCUUCCGGCUCGUCCUCGCCCCG